UUGUGGGUUUUUAAUUCAUUUAUAACUUCAUCUCAAUGGCUACUUUGUCAAAUAAUUUUAUUAUUACUUGUUUUAUUUUAGGCCUUUUUUUGGCUUUGACUACUGUUCCUCUAGCUGAGGCAAGAGCUUUCUUUAUCUUUGGAGAUUCGCUUGUCGACAGUGGCAACAACAACUAUUUAGCCACAACUGCUCGCGCUGAUGCUCCUCCUUAUGGCAUCGAUUAUCCUUUUCGUCUCCCCACCGGCCGUUUCUCGAAUGGCCUCAACAUUCCCGAUAUCAUCAGUCAGCAAAUCGGGCAGCCAGAAGCGCCAUUGCCAUACUUAUGCCCAAAGCUUAAAGGCGAUAAGCUUCUUAUCGGUGCCAACUUCGCUUCAGCUGGUAUUGGAAUUCUCAAUGACACCGGAAUUCAAUUCAUAAACAUUAUUAGAAUGUUUAGACAACUGGACUAUUUUGAAGAAUACCAGCGUCGAGUGACUGCUCUCAUCGGAGAAGACGAAGCCCGCCGCCUCGUAAACCAAGCGCUCGUACUUAUCACUGUUGGUGGAAAUGAUUUCGUCAAUAACUACUACUUAGUUCCCUUCUCGGCAAGAUCUCGCCAAUUCGCAUUGCCCGAUUAUGUUACGUAUCUCAUUUCUGAGUACCGAAAAUUACUCCAGAGGCUGUAUAAUCUGGGGGCACGUAGGGUUCUGGUUACAGGGACGGGGCCAAUGGGCUGUGUUCCGGCAGAACUGGCGAUGAGGGGCACUAAUGGAGGAUGCUCGCAGGAACUGCAAAGAGCUUCAGCAUUGUACAAUCCACAACUGGAUCAAAUGACUCAACAACUUAACCGUGAAAUCGGUGGAACUGUUUUUAUUGCUGCAAACACUCAACAAAUGCACACUGAUUUCAUCAGUGACCCUCAAGCUUUUGGAUUUGCAUCAUCAAAAAUAGCAUGUUGUGGACAAGGACCAUACAAUGGGAUAGGUCUAUGCACAGGUUUGUCAAAUUUGUGUCCUGAUCGAAACCUCUAUGCAUUCUGGGAUCCCUUUCAUCCAUCUGAAAAGGCGAACAGAAUCAUCGUUCAACAGAUUAUGAGUGGUACUAACAAGUACAUGAACCCAAUGAAUCUCAGCACCAUUUUGGCCAUGGAUUCCAGAACUUGAUGAAUCAAAUAAUAGCCAAGAGAUCAUCCACCAUCUAUUUCUUAAUUUCUUCAUUUGGGAAGUUUUGUUGUGUUUGAAUUAAUGUGUUUGUGGUGUUUGUCAAUGGAGUUUCAAAUUGUGGUUGUUUAAUUUAAUAAUUUAUUUGUGAUGUGUAACCAAUAUUCAUCGGAUUCUUGAUGAAUAAUUUAUGAGAAAGGGAAGAA